GCUGCAAUCUUCCCUGCAAGCCUGCUGCAUUCUGCGUUUCGUUUGUCGUUUCUCGUUUGUUCUUUGUUGUUGGUUGGAUCGUUCCGCUUUGCUCAUUAAUAUUGUUUAAUAGUUUAGCUGAACCUUGUGUUUAAAGCUACAGUAUCAAGUAAUAUUUUAGGUUUGGAAUAGUCUCAAUCAUAUUUUCUUCUAUUUUAUUGUAUAUUUGGUGAUUGCCGAACGAUAACGACCAUGGCGGCAGCAGCAGCAGCAGCAGCAAACGUUCCCCAGCAAACUAUGCCGAUCAAUCCGAAACCUUACCUCAACAUGUGUACCGGUAAGACUGUUUUAGUUAAAUUAAAGUGGGGCCAUGAAUACAAGGGAUUGUUUGUUGCUACGGAUCCAUACAUGAACUUGCAAGUAGCUAAUGCCGAAGAGUAUAUUGAAGGUGUUAUGACGGGUGUUUUGGGUGAAGUGCUUAUUCGGUGUAAUAACGUUUUAUACGUUCGAUGUCUGGAGGAAGAUGACGAAGAAGGAGAAAUGAGAGACUAAAAUUAAUUGUAAAUCAGUAAGAUCUUUUCCUUUAAUCUAACUAUUGUAAUGCAAAAAAACUUUGGUGUUGUAAAUACAUUUUUGUUCGUACUGUAUCAAA